CCCAAUUUCCCCCCUUUUUUAUACUACUUGAUGUUCGCAUUUUAAGAUUACAUAAUUUGGUAGAGGAUUCAUGUUCUACACUGUCAAUAUGAUGCCGGUUGUAGCAUGAUACUUUCUCAUCUUUUUUAGGUUAUCAAUGUGCAUGUAUUAUAGAGAGUUUUGCUUAAUUGGCUUUAAGUAUUACAGUAUUUUCUUCUCCCUUGAAUCUGCGCCGUGUAAUUGCUUGGAUAAGAUGGUUUCAAUGAUAUAUUGUAGUGAAGCUGGUUGCUCAGUACUAGUCUAGUUGUGUUCUUCCUCGUUUCUCUUCGUUCUUCAGUAGAUGGGCUGUUUCCAGUCUACAGCAAAAAAGCAGUUCCCUGGACACGAAGAUCCUGUAGUCCUUGCAUCUCAAACAGCCUUUAGUGUAAGCGAAGUUGAAGCAUUGUUUGAGCUGUUCAAGAAUAUUAGCAGUUCGGUAAUUGAUGAUGGCCUAAUUAGCAAGGAAGAAUUUCAGUUGGCUUUAUUCAAGAACAGAAAUAAAGAAAACCUUUUUGCAAAUCGGAUUUUUUAUCUCUUUGAUGUAAAGCAAAAAGGAGUUAUCGAUUUUGGUGAUUUUGUUAGGGCACUUAAUGUUUUCCACCCAAAUGCCUCGCAAGAAGAGAAGAUCAAUUUUUCAUUUAGGCUUUAUGAUUUGGAUGGCACGGGGUUCAUUGAGCGGCAAGAGGUUAAGCAGAUGUUAAUUGCAAUUUUAUGCGAGUCUGAGAUGAAGUUGGCCGACGAGAUCAUUGAGAUAAUACUGGAUAAGACAUUUUUGGAGGCAGAUUCAAAUCAGGACGGAAAGAUUGACAAAUCUGAGUGGCACAAUUUUGUGGGCCGAAAUCCUUCAUUAUUGAAGAUAAUGACCCUUUCGUAUCUGAGGGAUAUAACUACUACUUUUCCAAGUUUUGUAUUUCAUUCCGAAGUUGAUGAGAUGGCUACCUAACUAAGAAAUGUAAUUCAGACCGAUUAUUUUUCUCCUUAUUCUGGUAAUUUAUUGACGCACCUAAGUUUGUUGGGGACUGGGAGCUUUUUCAGAAUAUAGAAAAACUAAAGGUGAUUAAAAUGGAAACAGUAGUGAUUGGGUCAAGAGGUUAAGCUAGCCUUCCAUUGUAAAGUGAUUUUGUUGGCAAUAUUCCGUCGUUUAAUUUAUACCAGCUUUGUAUACUCUA